GUCUUAACUCUUAAUUAAGCAUGCCGAUAUGUUGAGAAAUAGAAUAAAGAUUCCAUGCAGUGAUACCUUAAAUUGUUUUUUCAGUGAGCUUCUUCAAGAUCCCUCUGCAUUGCUUUGUCUAUAUAAACAAACAGCAUAUCUAUGAUUUAGCAUAGAGAUAGAAAUCAAGAAACUGAUAUUUUUAGCUAUGGAAACACUAGUGAUCAGCUCAUUCCUCCCAUACAUGUUGUCAUUACUCAUCAUUCCUAUAUCCCUGUCUCUUUUCUUGAUUCUGCGAAAACCGAAUGCUGAGGGCUCAAACUUGAAUGUUCCGCCUGGAUCAAGUGGAUGGCCUUUGGUUGGAGAAAGUAUCAAGUUUGCAUUAGCAGGGCCUCAGGAAUUCAUCAAGGAAAGAACCAAAAAGUACUCUCCGGAUGUGUUUCAAACGUCGCUACUAGGAGAGAAAAUGGCUGUGUUCUGUGGAGCUCAAGGGAACAAGUUCCUUUUUACAAAUGAAAGUAAGCUACUUACUUCUUGGUGGCCACAGUCCAUGAAAAAAGCUUUGCUUUUCCCUGAGUUUGUGGAGGCUUCUUUGAAGGAAGUUUCAGCUCUCAAGCGGAGUUUCAUGCAUGACAUUCUGAAGCCAGAGGCUCUAAAACAGUACAUACCAGUGAUGGAUUUAAUGGCACGGGAUCAUGUGGAUUCUGAAUGGGCUGGGACUGAAGUAGUAAAGGUGUUUCCAAUGUCAAAGAAGUACACGUUUGAUUUGGCUUGUAGAUUGUUUAUGAGUAUUGUUGAUGCUGAGCAUGUCACAAGACUAGCCAAGCACUUUACUCUUGUCACGUCUGGAAUGUUCUCUGUCCCAAUUGAUUUGCCUGGCACGGCUUAUAAUGGGGCUAUUAAGGGAGGGAGGCUAGUUCGUAAGGAGCUUAUGAAGAUCAUCACCGCGAGGAAAAGGGAAAUGCUGGAGAAUGAAUCAGAAGCAACAGCUCGUGAUUUAUUGUCCCGGAUGCUGCUGGUGACAGAUGAGAAUGGGGAAUGCAUGAGUGAAAUGGAGAUUUCAAAUAACAUUAUUGGUUUACUAGUUGCAAGCUAUGAGACCACAAGCACUGCUGUAACCUUCGUCUUGAAGUACCUUGCUGAGCUUCCACAUAUAUAUAAUAAGGUUUACGAAGAGCAAAUGGAGAUAGCAAAAACAAAAGCAGCCGGGGAGCUGUUGACGUGGGAAGAUGUUCAGAAAAUGAAAUACUCAUGGAAUGUUGCAUGUGAAUCUUUAAGGUUGGCACCACCUGGUCAAGGUGCAUUCAGAGAGGCAGUCACUGAUUUUACCUUUGCUGGUUAUACCAUUCCCAAAGGAUGGAAGACAUUUUGGAUGGUGCAUACAACGCACAAGAAUCCAAAAUACUUUGCGGAUCCAGAAACAUUUGAUCCAUCAAGGUUUCAAGGGAGUGGACCUGCUCCAUACACUUUUGUACCUUUUGGAGGAGGGCCUAGAAUGUGUCCCGGGAAAGAGUAUGCUCGACUUGAAAUCCUAGUGUUUAUCUAUAACGUUGUGACUAGAUUCAAAUUGGAGAAACUAAAUCCUCAAGAAAAGAUAGUCUUCCAUGCUUCCCCCGUCCCAAUGGAAGGUCUCCCAGUUCGCCUCAUUCCUCACCAAACAUAAACAGGCAAACAGCCUCUAUGUCGACAAAAUUAUGAUGCAUAGGUGCCCCGUGUUUGAUGUUUGUAUUUAUUUUAGCCCGCAUGUUUUCAUGGAGAUUGAGUUCUGAUCUCUGUAAAAUGUAUUCAUACUACAAAAUAUGUAAUAAAAUACAACUUUAUGAA